GAAGAUGCAGGAAACCUGGAUUCUAGCUAUACAUCGGUUCUGAGGAAACACUGGACGUGCCCUACAUGUGAACGAGGUCUAGUUGUGACUCUCAUGGAGAGGCUUCAGCAUGAAGCUGAAUGCUCUGCCGGUAUUGAUGAAGAUUCCACCAAGUCAGUCGACUUGGGCGCUCCUACACAGAAGCUGGGUAUGGAGUCCCUACGCAGGCAGUAUGAAUGCCCCGUCUGUCAUGAGACGUUCUCCUUCACAUCGUCCGAGAUCAUCAAACACAAGAGGGCUCACCUUAAGGAGAAACCUGGGAAACCUGACUGAACAUUUAGUUAGGGUGUCUGGAGUUUUGUGUGUGCAUUGUACUGUUCCACAAAGCAUGCAGAAUCGAGGCCCCCCCGAGUCCCUUCGCAGGCAGUAUGAAUGCCCCGACUGUCACGAGACAUUCUCCUUCACGUCUAAGAUCAUCAAACACAAGAGGGCUCACCUUAAGGAGAAACCCGGGAAACCUGACUGAACAUUCAGUUAGGGUAUCUCAAUAUUUGCAUGUGCAUUGUACUGUUCAAUUAUGAAGUAUGCAGAAUCAAGGCACGGAGUCUCUACGCAGACAGUACGAAUGCCCCGUCUGCAAGGAGACGUUCCCCUUCACGUCGUCUGAGAUCAUCAAACACAAGCGGGCUCACCUUAAAGAGAAACCCCACUGAACAUUCAGUUAGGGUAUCUGGAGUUUUGUGUGUUUGCAUUGUACUUGCUGUUCCACAAAGCAUGCAGAAUCGAGGCAUCAAGUCUCUACGCUGGCAGUAUGAAUGCCCCGUCUGUAAUGACAUUUUCCUUCUCGAUGUCGGAUGAUCAUCAAACGCAAGCGGGCUCAUGUCAAAGAAAGAUCAGGGAGGCCAUAUUGAACAUUCAUUUAUUGCAUCUAGAUAUCUGCAUUGGUGCAUUACUAUUAGUGCCCAGCAACAAUGGAAUCAGGCACCAUAUUAGUAAUCAUCAUCAUCAUCAUGAGAAGCAGAGCAUGGGGUUGAAGUAGAUGGCAUGCACUCACACAGUUUUCAGAUGGUUUACUUUGCAUCAAGGCUUCAACUCAGGACCAUACACUUUACCCCUAACCCUUACCAUAAACCCAACACAAAAAGCUAAUGGUAACUCCAGCCCUGUAUAUCGUUGACAAAAUAAAACCUAGAGAAAAUAUUGUGUUUAGUAAAAAUCUACAGUGUUGCCUUCUUAGGUCGCUUAGAAUUAUUAUGAAAUGAAGUCUGCCAGAGCAUAUGGAUAUACUGCCAAUUGGUAUCAUUACAACUGGUUUGAUUAAAGGUAAAUAUCAAACAGACCUUUCUUCCUGAAAACACCCCAUGCAAUUGAAGAAAAAAAAUAGUAGAUUUAUUAUAUUAUAGAAAUAGUUUACCAAUAACUUUCUUAUCAAUCAGGUUAAAUUAUUAAAUCACUCCAAGCAUUUUGGAUGGUUGUUCCCAAGAUGCUUGUGACUGGAAUAUAUAAAUGAAAGUCGAGAGCCUACAUAAAUUUUAGAAUUUACUGAAACUUUGCCUUGUUGUAUGCAUCUAUAGCUGGUAGAGAUAUGGUUGACCCUGAGCACUUUAACUUUUAUUAAGUUUGUAAUUCAAGAUUUUAAACCCCAAAACUCUACCGAUUUACUUCUCUAUCAUUUUAAUUUGCAACAUUUUUGUUGAAAUGACUAAAAUCAAGUGCCUUUAAAGAGUUGACAGUUUUGCAUAAGAAAAAAAGCUUAAAUUAUAUCAAGCAACUCCAAGCAAGUCUCAAAGUAUCCAAUGCCAGUUCAACUAUCAAUUUGUCGUAAGUGACAAUUUUAUUGAACACAAACAUAACACAUUUGAAAUACAUGUGUAAACAUGUAAACAUCAAGAAAUUAAUCAAUUGUAUGCAUAUGUACUUCCUUGUAUUAAAAUAUGUGUGUAUUUUCUUAUCAAAUUAGUGUGCAAUAAAUAUCACAAAAUUAUAGAGCAA